AAAAGCCAGAGUGAGGCUUAGAGAGUUAUUCACACCAAAAAUUUAAGAGAGAAAAAAGAGAGAAGAAUUGAUUUGUGGUUUUUGUUUUAAGAUCUCCUCCCCCCCUUUUCUCUGUUAAUCCCCGCUUCUCUGAAUCCCUUUCUGUUAAUCAUCUGUUUCUAUUUUUGAAAAAAAUUCUGAUUUUUGGGUUUGUUUUUUGUUUUCAGUUAUUGACAGUCGUUUGAAAGCAAACUUAGAUUACAGGAUUUUCUUCAAAAGCCAGGUGUUUUCAGAAUCGAGAUCCAGGUUUUUUGCUUUUAAUUUUUCUGUUUUUUGUAGAUAAAAUCAGCUGAAGGGGUGAUUUUUGAUACCUCAAAAGCUUGAUUUUUUAGGGCUAUCUUGGAUUUAAAGGGGUUGUCUAUUUUAAACAAAAACCUCCUUAAUCCUUUUCUGGGUUUUUGAAACCUGUUCUUAAGUUUUGAUAAGAAACAGGUUACUUUUUUUUUUUUUUCAUAUUCGAGUUUUUAUCUUUUCUGUUUGAAAGAAAUGGCAGCUACAAUGGAUUUCUGUAGUAGCAGUUCAGAUAUAUAUGGUGGAGAGUUGAUGGAAGCACUCGAACCUUUUAUGAAAAGUGCUUCUUCCUCUUCCUCUUCUUCCCCUUCCCCUUCUCCUUCCCCUUCUUCUUAUUCUCCCUCUCCUUCUCCUUCUCCUUCUCCUUCUACUUCAUACCUCUCUUUCUCUUCUUCCCAAACACAACCCAAUUUUUACGCAGAUGGUUGUUGUUAUUCCCCAGCAGUUGAUCAAUUUUUAGGUGUUCAGCAGCCUCAACUUGGUUCAACCAUUGGGCUAAACAACUUAACCCAAGCUCAGAUCAACCAAAUUCAGGCUCAAUUCCUCUUCCAGAACAAUCAACCAAGCUACCUUUACCAAAAUCCUCAACUUAACGCCAACCCCAACACCAACCACAUGCUCAGCUUUCUUGGUCCCAAGCCAGUCCCGAUGAAACAGAUGGGUUCACCACCAAAACCCACCAAGCUCUACAGGGGAGUUAGGCAACGUCACUGGGGAAAAUGGGUCGCUGAGAUCCGGCUACCUAAGAACCGGACACGUCUUUGGUUAGGCACUUUCGAUACAGCCGAGGAAGCAGCCUUGGCUUAUGAUAAAGCAGCCUAUAAACUUAGGGGUGAUUUUGCGAGACUCAACUUCCCUAACCUUCGUCACCAAGGUUCCCAUAUCGGUGGCGACUUCGGUGAAUACAAGCCUUUGCAUUCCUCUGUUGAUGCUAAGCUUCAAGCUAUCUGUGAAAGUUUGGAACUCAACCAAAAGCAAGGGAACAACAACAAGAAGAAGAAAUCAUCGAAGGAGAACAAAGUCCAAUUGGCUGAGCCUGAGGAAAAGACAGUGAAGGUGGAGAACUCCCCCUCAUCUUUAUCUCCGGUUCUGUCGGAGAAUGAGGGGUCGACAGAAUCUUCACCUUUGUCGGAUCUUACCUUCUCGGACUUCAACGAGCAGCCAUGGCCUGAAGUUGUUACUUCCUCGGAGUCUUUUAUGUUGUCCAAAUACCCAUCAUAUGAGAUCGAUUGGGAUUCUAUUCUAAAAGCUUAGUUUGAUGUAACAGAUGUUUUUCUUUGUGUAUUUUUUUUUUGUAAAGCUCACUGCAAUUGAGUUUUUGGUAUUUGCAGUGACAGGUUCUUUAGGUUAUUAUUAAAGUCUGUUUAUGAGUUUAGGGUUCUUAGUAUUAUCGUGUAAGUCUUAAUGUUUAUAAGAAUUUAAAAGAUGUUCUCCAUGGUUGUCAGCUCGUUUUUUCUUGCUGGACCGAAAAGGAGAAAUUUGUUAGCGUCCAUAAUAGUUCCAUAGCAUCUGUAAUUUGAAUCCUAUUAAUGUUAUUUAUGGUCCUUUUCCCUUGUCUA